AUGCCGGGGCAGGAGCGUGACCUGGCACCUGGGUGGCAGGGACAGAUGGCGGGGACAUUGCAGAAGAAGGGGCGUUUGCCUGGUUCCAGGCAGGGGCUGUUGCAGAGGGCACGAGCCUGGGGCGGCGGGGCCGAGCGGCGCAGGGUGCCCCUGCCGGGUGCCAGCCCGGCGGGCAGGGGCCAGAGGCUGGGUGACGGUGGCACGUCUCCGCAGGAGGAGGUGAAGGUGAAGAUGAAGGAGCUGAACGAGCACAUCGUGUGCUGCCUGUGCGCCGGGUACUUCAUCGACGCCACCACCAUCACCGAGUGCCUGCACACGUUCUGCAAGAGCUCCAUCGUCAAGUACCUGCAGACCAGCAAGUACUGCCCCAUGUGCAACACCAAGAUCCACGAGACGCAGCCGCUGCUCAACCUCAAGCUGGACCGCGUCAUGCAGGACAUCGUCUACAAGCUGGUGCCCGGCCUGCAGGAGAGUGAGUGGCUCCG